CUCCUCGUCUUGUUCCCCCACGACGUGCUCGCCUUCGCCAUGGACGAGAGCGGACUCGAUGCACUAGCCGACGUACUCAACAAGAUUUCGGAGAAGCCCUUCGAUGUCGCGCUCCACGUCGAGCACAUUCGCCUUGCCGAGGCGGCUACGGACCCCACGAGCGCAGAGGUCGUCUCCGCAUGCGAGAUGUACACGAACUUCUACGCGGCAGAGGAUCCUGUGUGGGCGCGCUUGAUUGCGAACAAGGAGUCCACCGUCGAUCUGACAACUGCUGCGGGAGUGGAAGAGCUGCUCGACUUGUAUAACAAGGCGGAGAGCGACUACCUGUCAAUUGACCUCUUGAAGAAGCAUCUCGACUUCCUGAUUGACCGCUAUGACCACUACGCGGACGCGGAGAACAUCAAGCCGGAAGAACUGGGCGACGUCUUCACAACGGAGUGGACUCGCGCCCAACUGCAAAGCGUCGUGGCGAAGAGUUCCGGUCACAUCUCCAAGGAUCACCUCUUAUGGGAUGCAUACAGAGAUUGGGAGCUGCAGCGAUUAGAGGAGGCACCCCCGGCCGCCAAGUCGCAACUGGUAGAGCAGAUGAACUUGCUAUUCCUCAGCCGCUUACAACAACCUCACUCCAAUUCCGACGAUACUUUCCAAGCUUAUUCAUCCUUCACUACCAAUCACCAGCCCCCUCAGGCAUACGAGGAGAUGCUCGUCGAGGCGUCGAAGAUCCGCGGGAGAGCCGUCAAGGGCUACGACCGAAGAGAGCCGUUCGAGAGGGAACUGGCUCAGACGGGCAACUCUCUUGUCGUUUUUGACCGCUACGCUGCCUAUGAACGCCGCGCGAAGUACCCAGACUUAGCCAUCCUAGUCGCGGUGCACGAGCGCGCAAUAGCAGAAGCAGCGAAGCGAAGAACUACAGGUGAACCUGGAUCGGAAGAGGCGCUGAGGAGCUUCUGGGUGGCAUAUCUCGAUGCCCUGCGCAUACAAGGAGCCCCAGAAGAGAUCCAGCAUCGAACGUACAAGCGCGCAGCUCGUAGCAUACCGGGUAGCGGCGAGAUGUGGGCUCGGUAUAUGCGUUUCCUGGAGCGGACGAAGGACGAAGUGUCGGAGGAGGAGGAGCCGAACAGAGAAACUGUUGCCGCCAUCUACGACCGCGCCUUCGCCACUGGCCUCUUGCAGACGGACGCGGAACAAAUCGUUCCCGUCGUGCUUGCACGAGCGGGGUACGACAAGCGGUCUGCCGAGGACGCAGACGCCAUCGCCAGCCUGAUCGCCGUCGUCGAGACUGGAAUUGGGAUGGUUCGAGCAGCUUCGCGCGCAGGAGACCCGAGGUUGAGGUUAGAGAAGUUUCUCGCUGAUGUGUACACCGAAGUCGCCUCGCUACCAGCCGGUGCGAUCGAAGUCUGGCAAGCCGCUGCCAAGGCGCACAAGAUUAGCUACACAGUGUGGCUGGCGUAUACGGAUUGUUUGAUCAAACAGGGCCAAAUCGAUGCCGCCCGCCACGUCUUCAACGACGUGCACGGCAAGCACCUCGACUGGCCGGAAGCCGUGUGGGACGCAUGGCUCAACUUUGAGCAUAUCCAUGGCUCGGUGGACGAGAUUGAGGAUUGUUUGGACAAGAUCGAGCGCGCGCGUUAUCAGGUUAAUGCGAGGAGGGCGAAGGAAGCUGAGCGCGCGGCCUACCAAUAUGCCGCCGAGCAGCAAGCAAAUCAAGCCCAAGUCGCCAACGUACCUGUUCCGAACGCUGACGCACCUAUGGAUGUCGAUGCACCCCAACCCGCUGGCGAGCGCGGUACGAAACGGGCAGCUGAGGACGACGCCGGCCCUGGUGAUCAGUCGCAGAAGCGUGCAAAGGUCGAGCCGAAGGGCCCGCCGCUCAAGCGCGAUCGCGAGAACUGCACGGUGUUCGCGUCGGAGCUGCCGCCGAAUGUGCAGGAGGAUGAUCUCCGGGGGUUGUUCAAGGAUUGUGGGUCCAUUCGCGAGAUCAAGAUCACACAUUUGGAAAAGGCGGUCGUGGCAACGGUGGAGUUUAUCCAGAGGGACAGCGUGCCGCAGGCCCUCACGAAGGACAAGAAGCGUAUCCAGGGCGAGGAGAUCGCCGUUCACCUGGCAUGGAAGUCGACCUUGUAUGUGACGAACUUCCCGGAGAAGACGGACGACGCAGCCAUACGGGAGUUGUUUGGCAAGUUCGGCACGAUCUUCGAGGUGCGCUGGCCAAGCAAAAAGUUCAAGAGCUCGAGGCGGUUCUGCUACGUGCAAUAUACGAACCCGACUGCCGCCGAAAAGGCACUCGAAUUGCACGGUCGCGAGCUCGACCCGGGACUGCCGCUCAAUGUGUACAUCUCGAAUCCAGAGCGCAAGAAGGAGCGUACGGACCAGGACGCACAAGAGCGUGAACUCUACGUGGCUGGUCUGAGCAAGUUCACGACGAAGCAGGAUCUGGAGAAGGUUUUCAAGACGUAUGGGACCCUCAAAGACGUCCGCGUCGCGUUGGACUCGAAGGACAAUACCUGCAAGGGUUUUGCGUUCGUCGAGUUUGAGAAUGAGAAGGAUGCGAAUGCGGCGUUGGCGGCGAAUAACUACGAGUUAAAGAAGCGGCGUAUUGCGGUGACGAUAGCCAGCGCGAGCACGAAGGCCAAGUUCAAGAACCAAGCGCAGGCAGAUACCGGCUUGGGUCGUCAGGACGAAAUCCGCAGCCGCUCGUUCAUGGUCAAGAACCUCCCGCCGGACGCAGACGAUGGCCGACUACAGCAAGAACUCGAGAAGGUCAUGAAAGUCAAGCGCGUCGAGGUCUUCAAGGACAAGAACGAGGCGGUCGUAGAGCUCGAGUCCGCUGCGGACCUCGGCGUGCUGCAACUUCGGAAGGAGCCCAUCGUGUUCAAUGGGCGGGAGCUGAAGCUCGUGUUCGAAGGCCGACAGGCGAAGGACGCGAAGCCUGGCGCGGGCAUGUUUAUACCUAGGGCGGCCGCGUCGCGCCCGCGCGCGGGCCUCGGUCAUGCGAGGAAGCCGCCGGCAGCAGGCGCGGCGAAACCUGCCCCCGGGGCUUCAGCGGCGGGAUCUGGGGCGUCGGGAAGCAAGCCCGCGGAGGGACGAGGGCAGGACGAUUUCAGGAAAAUGCUGGGAGUUUUCGUCGCUGAGCAGAACCGCCCAGGCUGCAUCGCAAUGGCCUCCUUCGCAGCGAAAGCCCUAUUCGAUCUCAGCGGCCGCGUCGCGGUCGUCACGGGCGGCGGCACGGGCAUCGGGUACAUGAUCGCGCGCGGGCUGGCGUCGAACGGCGCGAAGGUGUACAUUACAGGGCGGCGAUUCGAGGUGCUGCAGAAGGCGGCUAGCGGCUUCAGUGGGGCGGGGUCUUUGGUCCCAUUGAAGAUGGACGCGACGAACAAGGAUAGCAUACUGAGCGCGAAGAAGGAGAUCGCGGAUAAGGAGGGGAAGCUGCAUGUGUUGGUCAACAACGCAGGGCAGGUCGGCCCGUGCUCGAACUUCAUGAGCAACCCGGACGCGCCGGAGAACAAGGACCCCGAGGCGUUCGGGAUGACCCUGUUCAAGGAGGAUCAGCAGGGCUGGUCAGAUGUGUUCGCGAUCAACAACCACUCCAUCUUCUUCGUGUCCUCCGCGUUUGUGGGUCUGCUCGCGAAGGGCGCGACGGACUAUGGCGCGUUCUCGUCGAGCAUCAUCAACAUCACGAGUAUCAGCGGCACGAUCAAGGUCGCGCAGGACCACUUCGCCUACAACUCGGCCAAGGCAGCAGCCAGCCACCUGACGCGCAUGCUCUCGACUGAGUACGCGCGGCGACAGAUCCCUGUUCGCGUCAACUCCAUCUCGCCCGGCGUCUACGCGUCGGAGAUGACCUUUGACAAGAUCCCCGCGGACGUGGUGGACAAGAUCGGGAAGGGCUUGGUGUCGGUGCCGGCGAGGCGCGAUGGAACGCCCGAGGAGAUGGCUGGCACGGCGGUAUACCUCGCCUCUCCGGCAGGUUACUACAUGAACGGCCAGGAAUUGACUAUCGACGGUGGCUACACUGCGGUGAACCCCGCUCGUGUAUAGAGCGGCCAACUCUGCCCUGCAUACAUCAUGCGCGCGGGCAUUGUGAAAAUAUGUUUACCGAAAUGUAACCUUGUUGUAAACAAACAAUUGCAAGUGUAGAUAGAAGCGGAGAUGAGUAUCCGCAAAAGAACGUAUUAGUUGGAUGAAAUAUCAGCGGGUUUUGCAUCAAGUGCUCAUUGUUCUCAAUGGGCAGUAGAUGCAGAAACUUCUGAUAUUUAUCGAAUCUAAUACGUCCUAAAAUGGGGUUUUAUGGUCUGCAGCGCGAGGGAGCCUUGGGGAGCUUACCAUGUCUGCAAAUUGUAUGACGCUACGAGAUCAAGUGUGAG